UUUAUUCUGAUGGUCCACUCUCCUUCAGGACCAGCUGUGAUGAUGGGGAACGCUGCGCUGCUGCUGUUUUGUUGCCUGGUCAUGCCUCUGUCAGGCUCACCUCUCUACCCAUCCAUUAAGUUUGGACAGAAGGACAUGUCCAUCCUCAUGACGUCUUCUAUAAAGAAUCCAGAAGAGCAGAUGGACAAGGACACACGUCCUCUGAGGGACAGAGAAGAGCUGCGCUCUGAGCGCCAUGCCGACGCCAUCUUUACGAACAGCUACAGGAAGGUUCUGGGUCAGAUAUCUGCCAGGAAGUUCCUUCAGACCAUCAUGGGCAAACGGCUGGGAGACGAAAGUGAGAGUUACAUGAAGCGUAAGUCAGAUAUAUACGAGGGAACGUUUAAAGAAGAUAUUACAUCUAUCCAGAGCGACCAGAGGUACAGAAGUGUGCAGGGCAGCGUCGUGAGGCCGAGGUAG